AUGGCUUUUCAAGACUCUCAACCAGACUCCAGUCACGGGUCUGCAGGGGAUGCAGAAAAGCAAGCCCACACGGGCACGUUUUUCGCGUCGGACGGCGAAGAGAGGUUUGACCAGGGAGAUUCGCUCUACGCGAGGCUGCAACGGCUUGCGGGCAAGUUCAACAUCGAACAGCGAGGCAUUGAACGGGUCCCGGAAAGUGAACGCCAUGAUACUUCCUACGCCAACAUUAGCACAAUGUGGCUGGCCGCAAACAUGGUCGUUAGUGCUUUCGCUGUCGGCGUGCUGGCGAACGAACUCUUCUACCUAGGAUUUGUGGACGCCAUCCUCGUCAUCAUCUUCUUUAAUCUCCUCGGCGUCUUGUCCGUUUGCUUCUUCUCAUCAUUGGGGCCGAAAUUUGGCCUGCGACAGAUGGUGAUGACAAGAUUCUGGUUUGGCUGGUACGGCACGAAAUUCAUCGCCUGUAUCAACGUGCUGACCUGCCUCGGCUGGGCGACGGUCGACUGCAUCGUUGGGGCACAGCUCUUCAAUGCCGUCAAUUCUAACGUCCCCGGAUACGCGGGCGUCCUGAUUAUUGCUCUCUUGACAUUUAUCAUCACCUGCAUGGGAUACAAGGUUGUGCACAUGUAUGAGUACUGGAGCUGGAUCCCCACCACCAUCAUCUUCUUCAUUGUUCUGGGAACCUUUGCUCAUUCGGGAGACUUUGUGAACAUUCCCAUGGGGACUGGCACAUCGGAACUGGGCGACGUCCUCUCCUUCGGUGCAACGGUCUAUGCCUUCGCGACCGGAUGGACCAGUUACGCAGCCGACUACACUGUCUACCAGCCGUCCAACCGUCCCCAAAGAAAGACGUUCUUCGCCACCUGGAUCGGUCUGAUUCCCGCUCUCAUGUUCACCGAGAUGCUCGGCGCUGCAGUUUACACAGCGGCCAGUGCCAAUGACGGGGUCAACAAGUACGCAGCCGGCUACGCUGCCUCUGGAAACGGCGGUCUCCUAGCCGCGGCCUUGGAACCUCUAGGCGGAUUUGGUAAAUUCUGCAUUGUCAUUCUGGCUUUGUCCAUUAUUGCCAACAACUGCCCGAACGUCUACUCCGUGUCACUGACACUCAUGGUCUUGGGCCGCUGGACCCAGCGCAUCCCCCGAUUCAUCUGGGUCGCCCUAGUGACUGCAGUAUCCAUUGGAGUUGCGAUUCCUGGCUACAGCCACUUCGACGUCUACCUGAACGACUUUUUGGAUAUCAUCGCGUACUGGCUUGCCAUUUACACUGGCGUUGGUGUUACCGAACAUUUCCUUUUCCGACGUGGUAUCAGCGGUUACCAGCCUGAAGAUUACGAUAAGCCCAGCAAGCUCCCAGUUGGCAUUGCCGCUUUUGUCGCAUUCUGCUUUGGCGUUGCAGGCAUGGUGACUGGCAUGAGUGAGACCUGGUGGGUGGGCCCAAUCGCUUUGCACGCCGGUGAGGCUCCGUACGGUGGUGAUGUAGGUUUCGAGUUGUCCUUCAUCUUUGCGGCGGUGGUGUAUGCUGCAGUGAGACCUUUUGAGUUGAAGUACUUUGGUCGGUAA